AAUAAAGCUGCUGUAUUAAUUAAAAAAGUUCGGUUGUACUGUCUGUGUCGGUAUACCUGUAUCUUGCAUUAUAUUAAAUUUACUUUGUGAAGAUUUAUAUACGGAAUUUUAUAUCUCCACGACUAAGGAAAUCGCCGAUCAUGCCAGAGGACCCCACACCUUCCAACAUCAAGGCGGCAUGUGAUUUUGCCGCUUCUUACACUCUCUCGAGCAUAAAUGAAAUUGCGAUACAAGCUGCGCUGAUGAUAGUAAAUAUUGUCAUUGCUUUCUUCGGGACGCUGGCUAACGGUUUAGUCAUUAUAGUUUAUUAUCGCAACCGUCGUUUACGAACACACCAGACCACGAUAUAUUUGCUUCUUGCCUUCGCAGACUUUAGCAUCACGGCUUUUGUACAACCAAUGUACGUCGCUAUAGUUUGGAAACGUCUGUUUGGAAACCACGAUUGUGUUUUGACAUUACUCGUAUAUCCACUAUCUAUUUUGUUCCUGGAUCUUUCGCUGAUGACAAUUGUCAUUCUCAGUUUGCACACGUUCAUAACUUUAGCAUUUCCGUACCGUUUGCAACACACAAUUACCACGUCCCGUUUGACAAAAGUGAUCGCCUGCUUUUGGCUUCUGAUAAUGCUAAAAAAUGCCUGCAUGUUUCUGAACUACGGAAUUGCCAAGAAAGCAUCAUUCUGGAUAAUAUGUUUUGCAAUCGUCAUCGUGGUUUUCACCUGGUGUUGGACAUACAAACUUGUGUCUCGGCAUCGAAAGGAUAUUCAAACCACACAAGCCCCUUCAAAUGUGCAAAACGUUUCACAGAAAAAGAUUCUAAGAUCAACAAUAACGGCAUUCGCGAUUGUUGCCAGUCUCAUAGCCUGCUACUCCUUGACUCUUUCUUUAAGGAUCUCAGGAAAUUCUCUAAGCCUGGCAAAACUUAAUCGUGGUACACACGAGAUUUUGUGGUUGGUAGCGCUAACAUUGAUGUUUUUAAAUUCCCUGCUAAAUCCCUGUCUUAUCUUCUGGCGAAACAGUGGCUUCAGGGAAGCGGCGGCGAAUAUCUUCAACUAGGCAAACGUGCAGAUAUAGAUUAUAUAGGGAUAUAGUCAUAGAUUAUAUAGGUAUAUAGUCA